CUAUAAUACGAAAGUGAUAACGCAAAUUCUGCCCAGAUGUUUUAAGUAUCCCAUUUUCCAUCUCCUAGUACGCACUAAAUAUCAUCCCCUAAUUUCGAAAAAUCUCAAACAUGUUUGACUAUCCGAGAAGAGACGCGGAUGAGAGCAAGUCCAGACCCAGAAACCACACUUACGCUGAUCCGUAUUUGGGUUGGAAAAUCGGAAAAGAAAGUGAAAAGUACGAGAACGAUACGAAACUCAACGGCGGAGUGAUCGAAUUCAGGACGACACAUGAGCAUGGUAUUUGUUCACCACCCUUGUGGGAGAACCAAGGUCCCGCCAUCGAAUCCGAUAAGCUGCAAUAUUCCCUGAAUCUCUCUCCAACAUCGAGACGCGAAACGGUGAAUAGAGGCAGGUUGGAGCUGAUGGAGAUGGUUAAGGCCAUGCCGGAAUCAUCCUACGAGCUUUCACUAAAAGAUCUCGUGGAGAACUUCCAAGGACCGGAGCAACCGGGUGGUAUCCAAGAAAGCGCGAAGAAGAAGAAAAAGAAGAUUAAUAACAAGGCGAAAAAGAAAAGCGGCAAUAUGAAUGAAAAUAAUAAGGGCAUGUUUCUGAAGAUGGUGGAGCUCCCGUUUGGAGGAGGAGCGAGUAGGAAAAAGAAGGUUAAGAAUCCUUAUGCGAGAGUUGUGUUGAAGACAGAGGAUGAGGGAGGCUUCGACGACAAGGAGUGGUGGAACAAAAUUAGACGGUGGUCCGUUUCCGACCAAGGUGGAAGCAGCGGCAGCGGAGGUAGUAGCCGUGACAGUAUUGGAAGCACGAGGAGUAAGAGUACAAGGGACAAGAAUGGCUGCUUUUCUGGUUUUCAGUUGAGGAAGACCAAAUCAGCCAAGUGUAUAUAAAGUUGUUAGUUCAGUACUGACCAGUGACCUCCCGACCUUCCAAAAUCCAAUACAUAGUAAUCUUUUCUUGCAAACAGCUAACUCUCAAAGUAUUUUGUGAUUGAGAUUUGUGUACAUGUACUGCAAUGCGAGGUCAAUUAGUUUACAGAGUAAUCACAGUUUUCUACUUUUCUUUA